CUCGUCGCAACAGUUAUGCGCCUGCUCGCGCUCGCUAUCACGCUCGCCGCGCUCGCGCCCGCCCUCGCGGCCCCGCGCAAAGCCACCAAGUCGUGCCCUUCGCCGACCUCGCUCUCCCCUUCUCCGACCUCUCCCUCAACCCCCACCUCCCCCUCUUCCACCCCCUCCUCCUCCUCCUCGCUCAUCGAAAACACCUGGGGCACAGGCUUCAUCGAUCGCGCCGACUUCAUCGCCGGCGACUACGUCAACGGCUCAGAAUACCUCUCGUGGGCGUGGGCGCUGAUCUACCGCCCGGCUGACAACGGCACCUUCUGCCUGAGCACGUACGCGGACCCGCCGGGCGCGUUGGUCGCGUACAUCGCCGACUCGGGGGGCAGCAGCGCCGCCCUCGCCGCUGGGCCCGGGACGCGAGUCGGCGCCGCGUGUGUUGCUGGUGUCGACGAGAGCUGUGUCGACUUCUGGGCGCAGGCCGGAAACCUCACGGCCGUAGGGAAGCGGACACACUGCUUUGCGAGGGGCGAUGCGAGCCAUGGGCCGGGUGCGUAGUUUGGACAAU